ACUCCUUCAGACCAUGCUUUACUGGGUCACGUCAUAAGCAAAACUGUUGUUGUAGACGAGUUUGAAUGUCAGCUGAAAUGUAUGGGGAGUGAUAGUUGCAAGUCGUGCAAUAUUCAUCCAAGAGACGGUUACGUAAGCCGAAUUUGCGAGCUGAACAACAAAACCAGGCAGAUGAAGCCACGUGAUUUUCAACUGAGGAAAGGAUCAAACUACUAUGGCUACACACGGGUCAGUUUCAAAGAUUUUGUAUCUCAGUUUAUUCAUUGUAUCGCCCCGUUUCGUAUUAUUAGGAAAAUUUUUCCUUGUAAAUGAUUAGAUUUAGAUUUCUAUCUAUGCAAAUUAAAUUUGUAGAUAGUCCUCUACAUCUCCUCUCCCGUUGAUCGAGUAGGAAGAGUGCUGCGUGACGAGAUCCAGUGAUGGUUGUGAAGUCGAAUAAUAUACAAGUCCGCCGAUCGCUGUAAUCAACUGGCCUAACAAUCAACUCUUUGCGUGAAAUAGUGAAAACGCAUGAAGCUUCAUUGUCUUAUUAAAGAUCUGUGAAGCCUCUUUGCUUUAUUAUUUGAUCUUGGUCUUAAGCUCCCUCGAUCAUCACUCUGCUUGUAAAACAGACAAUCAGAAAGAAACAAGAAAUUAUGUUUCCAUGGCAAUGCCGUGAAAACUAAGGAAGAACUUUGUAACAGGUCUUUUAAUUUUACUCAGGCCUCCUGCAUGGAUGUUCCCUCUAAAAGGAAUGAACAAAGUGAGAAAGGUCAUUGUCACCCGGGAUACCGAGGAACACGCUGUCAAUUCCGUGAGUGAUAACAUCUCUUAAUUUUCUUCUCAUAGAUAUGGACUGGCCCCGAUAUUUAUCCCCUUAAAAUCUCUUUCUCUGGAAAAAAGAUGCAUGAAAAAGAGAGAAAAACAAACAGUGACAGAUUGAGAUUAAAAUAGAAAAAGAAAAGAACUAGAAUAGAAAAAGAGGAAAGAGAAGGAGAGAAGGUUUGAUGAAAUUUUAUGGUUCGUAUACGUUAGUUUAUGACACAGGAGAGGGCGUUUUUUUUCUGUCAUUUCAAUAUUUGUUCUAUUGUCCCUAGUUGUUAUGAUGCAAAGUUUACAUCCCCAUUUUGCCGAGCAAUCAUAUGGUGACUUCAUUGAUGACACUGCGAUUAGCUUUUAUUUCAAUGCGUGUUCUAUUUUCCUCAAUAGGUAUAACAGGUUUGCGUUCGCAACCUGCAAACUCCUGUAAGGAUAUUCGGGACUCAGGAAACUCAAGAGGAGACGGGGAGUACUGGAUCGACCCUGAGAAGACUGGAAACCCUUUGAAAGUCUUUUGUGACAUGACAACUAACGGAGGUUAAAAUUAUUUAAACAGUGUACGAGCUUGUGUAGAGUAAGAUCGACGGCUUCUCUGAAAAUGUUUUGUCAUUGCUUAUAAAAAAUGUUAAAGGUACCAAAACAAGCCAUGGUGAAUCUCUAUUCCUCAGUUCUGAGUAGUUUACAGGUCAUGGUGUGUUGGCUCAUACACCAUGAAAGUCGCAGAUGUAUUUCUUCGCAGACUAAGCCAAGUAUUUUUUCCAUGUUUCUAGCAGAUUAAGAAGUAUUUCUUUGGGCGCUAUGAUUAUAAAACAAUUAUUUUUUUCGAACUUUUUAUUUAAAGAAUUUUGGCUCACGCGUUGACGAUAUUCAGCCGCUGGAUACCUUAAAUGGACAUACCUUAAAUACGUAGGUUACCUACAGACUUGGACAAAAAGGUUUUAGAAUAUGCAUACAGUAUACGUUUUAUUAUAUCCCGCCACAUUCGGCUGCGACUGUUUUCUUUCCAUAUAAGAGAUCAGUGUUAACAAAAGGUGAUACAAGCCAAAUGUAAUUUUUUUCCAGGAGGCUGGCUUCUUGUGUCAAAUUUUGUAAUCGGCAACCCAUCCUCCCCACAAGUGAAGCUUGAGACUUCGUACCAUGGAAUCAGCGGCUGCCUUGAAAACAAUAUAUUUCUGAGGAAAACAGCCGUAGAAGAACUGAUGACACAUAUGCCUUUCACUCAGCUGAGAUUCCAUUGUAGCAAAGUGCGAGGACGUACGUUUCACGUGACCACGGCUGCUAACAGCUCAGGUGAAGCGGUAGUCCAGUACCUCAGCGGUCAGACGAAUGACAAGCCCGACUCCUGUGGGUUGUUUGUGAGAAUGGAAGAUGACAACUCCAAAUUGGCAGAAAUGUGUGACCAAUGGAAAGGUGGUAAAGGACUAGGAAUUCCAUUGGGUAAAUGGGGAGAAGAUUCAUUAUAUGAUCACACUGUCUUUGUGUCUUUCUCAGGACACUGGUUGUUACACUCGGGAAGAUUUGAAUGUGAUGACUUCAGUCAUGAGAGAAAGUUUGUUCCAUUGUCGUCAGGCGAUUUUUGGAAGGUUUUUGUGCGUUAG